AAAGUAAUUUUCACGUUGGAAAAUCUAAAUCAAACAGCAAAACAUCCAUUUCGCCUCCCUGCUUGCUUUUCCUUUCCAAGCUUCGACCUUCGAGUACACCAACAACACUUCGUCCUAUAAUCAUCGCAUCUUCUUAAUUGCAACAACAACUACUCGUGUGUUCUGGAAUCAAAAGAGGGGGGAAACAAGAAACAGAUUUGGAGCAGCACACCAGUAAUACGGACCAGGGUGACCAGGGGCGAGGAGAUUUUGGCCGCUACCUGCAUCUCCACGUCGCCGUCUCAAUCAAGAUCAUUAUUUCUUUCUCCUUCCUUGUCCCUGCCUAAUCGCAAGGUUGCGUUCUUGCAAAUCGCCUUGGCUUUGCCCCAAGAUUCGCCAUCCAGCGCCCUGGCUGGAAUCGUGGGCGCUGAGGACUCGAGGUGGGCGUCGCUUGUCUGCUGAAUCCCCCCUCCACUCACUUGUUUUCUUGCGAGGAUUCGGCCUGAUUUAGAGGGAGUUGUCGGUCUCGGUCCCGUUCUGCUCGCUCGGACCGACGAUUCGGGGCAGUUCCGAAGGAAGACUCGUUGCAAUUUGACGGCAUUAUGCCGGAAUUUUCCAGUCAGUUUGUUGCUUUUCUUGCUAAAUUUUGGGGUUUCGCUGGAAAAAGUAGAUCUUUCUUGCCAUUCCCUUAAGAUUGUCCACGUGCCGCAAUUGGGCGUCUGAACCUAUUAUCCUGGAAUGCUGUUUGCGGCAGCCUCGUAGAAGAUUGAGAAAUUCACGAGGUCUUCCCGUGCGCAGUGCGCUGGACAAAGGUUGCUGUCACGUGAAGGCCUCAUCUUGGGCAUCCAUGGGGUUCCUCAGCCUUGUGGGCAACUCCUUUGGCUGCUCUGCUUCCGGUGAGCGGCUUGUCUCAGCUGCCCGCGACGGCGACCUUCAAGAGGCGCGUGCGCUCCUCGAGUACAACCCUCGCCUUGCCCGGUACUCCACAUUCAGCGGCCGCAACUCACCGCUGCACUAUGCCGCUGCGCAGGGUCACCAUGAGAUUGUUACUCUAUUGCUUGAAUCCGGUGUCGAGAUCAAUCUUAGGAAUUACAGGGGCCAGACUGCUUUGAUGCAAGCAUGCCAAUAUGGCCACUGGGAGGUUGUUCAAACACUGAUGCUCUUUGAUGCAAAUGUUCACAGGACAGAUUAUCUCAAUGGUGGAACUGCUCUCCAUUUUGCUGCACUGCAUGGUCAUGCCCGAUGCCUUCGUCUUGUGCUUGCAGAUUAUGUACCAAGCAUACCGAACUUCUGCACCCUGAUGAAUCAUAGAUCAUCUGAAGAAGAUUCAUCUGCUGAUUUUGAUCAUGGUUCUUUGGUCAAGAUGGUAAAUCAGAAGGCGGAUGGAGGCUUAACUCCACUUCAUAUGGCAGCGUUAAAUGGGCAUGUAGAGUGCAUGCAAUUGUUACUGGACUUGGGAGCAUCUGUUUCCGAGGUCACUAUUGAGGAUGGAACUGCUAUUGACUUAAUAGGAGCUGGUAGCACCCCACUUCAUUAUGCUGCUUGUGGUGGAAAUGCUGUCUGUUGUCAACUUCUUAUUGCCCGAGGAGCCUGCAUUACUGCACAAAAUGCUAGUGGAUGGACCCCAUUAAUGGUAGCUCGUUCAUGGAAUAGAAAUUCUAUUGAGGAAAUUCUGAGUAAAGAACCAGAGGGCCGAAUACGCACCCUUCCUUCUCCUUAUCUCUGUCUACCACUUAUGAGUAUCAUGAGCAUUGCCAGGGAGUGUGGAUGGAAAUACCUAAACCAGUCACCUGUUUGUAUUGACCCCUGUGCUGUCUGCUUAGAAGGGAGUUGCUCUGUUGCUGCAGAAGGUUGCAAACAUGAACUCUGCACAAGAUGUGCUCUAUACCUUUGCUCAACCAGCUACACGUCAGUGAGCCCAGCGGGCGCAAUACCAUGCCCACUCUGUCGACAUCCAAUCAUAUCUUUUAUCACUCUUCCUGGUACGAGCCCAAUAAGAGAGCUACCAAGAAACAGCCUUUCAUUGUCAUUUUGCACGACAUGCCCAACCGUGAACUCCGAUUCUACUGCCUCAAUCACUGCCCAUCUGUACCGGACUGAAUUCCAGUGCGGACGCAUGCCACCGAUGGGCUCAUCCUCCUUCCGCUCCAUGAGCUGCCAGAGGAUGCCAGCAAUGAAACUUAACCCUUCAUUUUGUAUGGGUGCCAUGAAUACAAAUCCCUGCCUUGUAAGAUGCUCAAGGUUCGGAUCUAGCUUGCGGCGCUCGGCUUCCCAAGGAGAGGCUAGCAGAAGAGCAUGGCCUGUAACCUUUAACCCAAUGGUUGCUACUGGCAGCUGAUAGAACCAAUCACUGCAUCUCCUCAGUUUUGUGCACAUUUUGAGGUGUAUUUUUGGCUAUUCUUUUGUUGAUUUCGUCUGAUGUUCGUCGUUGUGAUAUGAAUGAAGUUGCCGGGGUCCUAAGUCCCAAUUCCUUGUUGAUAUCAGAAGUAGCAUGUAAAUAACUGCACCUUGGUUCGUAAAUAACCCUGUGCUGUAUAUUUCCGGGAAGCAAUGAAAUGCAGAGGCUUCAGUUUUUCAAUGCAUCA